AUGAUGGACACAUUUGCGUCGUCGGGAACAGCAGCAGCAGCUGGUCCUCGUUUCCAAAAUCAAUUGCCAUCAGACGUGACUUUUACUCCCGAUCGAGGAUUCACCAUCGAAUGUCCAGUUUGGGGACAACCUACACCCCAAAUCACUUGGCUCACAUCCAAAGAACGUUUAGGCAGCAGCGCGGCAGGCAGCGGCAUCUGGAAUCCAGUCGAAUCAUCUUCUACGUCUGCACCGUCAACUGCAACGUCAACUGCAACGACAAACAAUCUAAUCACGUUAUCACCGAAUGGCAGUUUGACUUUGCACACCUUCCGGCCGGAGCAGUUCCGACCAGACGUUCACGCUGCCACCUACAGGUGUUUGGCAGCCAAUUUCAUUGGUCGCAUCCUCUCCACUCCUGUGCGCGUCCGUGCAGUGAUUUUGCCGCCAUUCGAGGUCACCGUCGAGAAUCCUCGAGUUCGUCGUGGCAGUACGGCCGUUUUUCGUUGCUCUGUUCCUGAUUCUGUUCGUGAUUAUGUUACAGUCACUUCUUGGAUUCAAGACAAUCGAUACGACAUUUUUCUUACUUCCAGCCAAGAUGGACGUCACGUGAUGUUGGCCAAUGGCGACUUGCACGUUUUGUCUGCGCGCCAAGGCGACGAGAAUCAUUUGUAUCACUGUCGAGUUCUCGUCCAGCCCAACGGGCAAACAAUGACCAGUUCCACUGCUGGACGAAUCAUCCUCAGUCAAGAAACCAUGACAAAGAUGGCACCAGUCAUUGUAGAAAGUGUGAAUCGAAUUCGAGUUUGGCGUGGACAAGAUGCCGUUUUACCUUGUGUUUUUCACGGAUAUCCUCCACCUAAAGUCAAAUGGUACAAAAGUCAAACGAUUCAGUAUGGCAAUUUGUUGUUGCCACUGGUGGCAUCAGCUGCCACGCAAGAGCAUCGUGGUGGAGUGCUGGGACUUGGGCGUCAUCGCCUCGUUGGUGGCACUUUACUCAUCGCUUCCGUCGUCGCCGAAGAUCAGGGCCGUUACAUUUGUUCCGUCAACAAUUCCAUGGGAUUAGUCGAAUCACGUACCGAACUCGUUUUUCGUGACAAAUUACAAGUCAGAAUCGUUGAAUCGUCGAACGUCGUCGUCGUCGCCGCCGCCGCCGCAUCGGCUGCCCAGCACAUUCAAGUCGUCGAUGCAGAGACGUCCGUCACCAUCACGUGUCAUUUCUCCGGUAGUCCCAGGCCGGUUGUCAGUUGGCUGAAAGAUGGCCAGCGCUACUUGGUGGGCAAUAGUGGACGUGUCUCUUCUUCAUCCGGUGACGACGGCUACACCGAUAUGGUCCAGUUAUCCAUUUCGUCCGUCCAACGUGAAGAUGAGGGAAUAUACCAAUGCCUGGCAUCCAAUGACGAAGGAGAUUGGGCCCAAGCAUCGGCCCAGCUGGCCAUUGGAGCAUUUCCUCCUCAUUUGAAAGAAACGUUCAGUCGGCAAGUUUUACAUCCGGGAAGUUCAGUCUCGUUGAAAUGUUUAGCCUCUGGCACUCCGCUGCCUCAUUUCACUUGGACGCUGGACGCGUUUCCGUUAUCGCCCGUUUCCGAACGAUAUUUCCUCGCCCAGCAGCAACAAACGGGUCACGACGAUCAUUAGUGGCCCAUCUCAACAUAACCCACGUCCGAGUCAAAGACGGAGGCAAUUUCAAAUGUGUAGCUGAGACUCGAGUGGGUCGCGUAGAGCAUUCAGCCAAUUUGCAUAAUUACGGAGCUCCUUAUGUUAGACGGAUGAGUACAGUCGUUGGAGUUGGUGGCAAACGAAUGGAAUUACCUUGUCCUGUCGCUGGUUAUCCCAUUGAGGCCAUCACGUGGGAAAAAGACGGACGUCGUUUGCCGCUGAAUGGCCGUCAGGGACUUCAAUUCAAUGGCAGUUUGAGGAUGGAUCCCUUGGAUAAGAGCAGCGACGCCGGUCUUUAUAGUUGCGAGGCACGUGGCCAGAACGGACUCUCGGCUCGCCAGUCACUUCAACUCAACAUCCUCGCUUUGCGACAAUAUUGACUCGGCGCCUUUUUCUUUUCCCUCUCCGCCCUGUAAACUUGCUCGGUCGCUGUGUAUACUCUUUGAUGAUGAGAAAGUCAACAGCGCUUUUCUAUCCGGACUGGAAGCAGAAAAAAAAUUUAAAAAAAAAGGAAGUUUUUUAGCCUCACGUCAAGUCCCUUUCCCUUGGCUCCUUCUCCUUUCUAAAAAAAAAAAAAAAAAAAAAAAAGAGGAAAGAGGAAAGCAAAUGAGACAGACCGACUAUAUCGAUCCAGCAGCCAGAAGCCAAUUUAAGUCUUUCCCCUUUUAUUUUUGUGAUAAACAAGAAAAAGCAGAUGAGUUAAGUGGGUAGGAAGGAUAAAUUAAGAAAUUCCUCGACGUUCUUUUUUGUUGUUGCUUCCGGUCGCCGGAAAUCCGUUUAAAAAACAAAAAACACGAAAAAAAAACGAUAUUGGAUACAGACCCGCCUCAUAUAAUGGCAAUGAGCGAUUCGGCCGUGUUGAAUGCCGGCGAGCGAUUGGCUCUUCAAUGCGCCGUAGUUAAAGGUGGAUUGCCGUUGUCCGUCAGCUGGUCGAAAGAUGGCCAAGUGAUCGCACCGACAACUGCAACGACGACGACUAGCGUCCGUUUGGUGAACGAAUUCACAGCCACGUUGACGAUUGAAUUGUUGACUGGACAAUAUGGUGGAUGGUACGUCUGCCGCAAAUAUAUAAUUUCAGUUACAAUAGUGCAAUAGAAAAAAAGUGGUGGAAAUAUUUUAUCAGGCUUUACUUUAGAGCAGCAUUAGCCUUUGCUGUAUCUCCACAUCAUGUAAAUGGAAAAUCUCUGGAACUUCUUGUUCAGAAAUGAAGCCAUUGUGCAUAUUGCAUCAACCAAGGGCGAAAUGUUACCACAUAUAGGCCAAUGUUACAACGGUCACAUGAAGUCUGUAUGUUGGUACAGUUUAUCAACAGGCAUAAGAGCAUGUUCGGGCAAUAAUUGUCGGAUAGUUUAGGUAGAUUCUUUGCUGCGUCAUAGCUCGGGAGUCGUAACGGGCAAUAUCCUUGUGCAUUAAGUUGGUGAACUCUUGUGUUCCAUUGGGAUUGGUAGCAGCUUACGAAGCAGUAGGUUCCAACAUCAUCUAACGUCUUCUUUAGUAAUGGCAGGGAUGUGAAUGAUAAUUUGUGAAAUCAAACAACUUAAGCAGGUGCCUAGCUCAACAAUUCCUAUGAAAUCUAGAUUGGUGGUGGUAGUUAUAGGGCGCCUGUUCAGGCAACAGUUUCGUUUUUUAAUCCGCCAAGGAUUUAUGCGUUAUUGCGUCUACUGUGUAGCCUGAGUAGCAUACGCAAGGGGGCGUUUAUCUACAUUCCUGAUCACCAAGCAGUUACAAAUAUGUUCUACACUGAUAAGCAUCAGAGGCAAAGGGCGAGCUGAACUAGUUUAUAGAUUGCAGAGUCAGAGAACAAUGUGUGAAAUCUGAUAUUCAAGCCCUCGAAACCCCAGCUACCUUUCUGCUUCAACAAGGCAAUAAAGCGAUUAUAAUUUCAGGAGGUCCUAGUGAGGCAUCCCAGUUUACGCAGCGGAUGCCCCACUAUACGACCCAGGAAUCUUUACUGGCCGUCUUCCAGUGCCGAGAAUUUGUUGUGUAUGCAGUUAAUCAACAAGGCAUUAGGUGAAACGGUGGAGAGAAAAGAUGUUGGAGAAGAUGGGCAAUUCAAGAACCAAGUAGAAACGGAGUGCCCAUUGUUUAAAGGCUUAGAGACUCGGUAAAUGGUAUUACUGACCCAUGGUGACAGCGUAGACAAGGUUGCAGAAGGGUUGCGUUGCGUUGCGUCGCAAAAUGUUCGCGUCAUAUUAUUUCCGCUAUUGCUGAUACUGAACGCCGUCUUUACGGAGUCUAGUUCCAUGAUUUGAUUGAUAACGGACGAAAAAUGUUGCAUAACUUCUUGUUCGACAUCUGUGGAUUGCAAGGAGGUUUCACAUUGAAGAAACGAGAGCAGUAGUGUAUCGAUUACAUCCCGCGUACGGUCGGACGUGAAAAGAGCGUGCUCAUGCUGGUAAACGGUGGAGUCGAUUUCGCCAUUUGUACUGCCCUUUUCCAUGAAGCACUUCUACAGGUGAUAUCUCGUCGCGAGUGCAGGGCAUCUAUAUCGAUAACGGCUUCCUGCGUAAAGAAGAAUCCGAGCAGGUCGUCACUAGUUUACAGCAACUCGGGCUCAUCCUUUGGAGAGUGGAUUCUCAUUUCUUCUUCAUACCAGCGAGCAGAUUUGAGGUUUAAAAUUGUUUUAGGUUGUUAAGCAAGUCUGACUUUCUACGAUGUGCAUGGCCGCCAAACUUUUUCGUUGUGUCUGACUGUUAAUCGGUAAGAAAAACGUGGAAUUAUUGACGAUACGUUUGUCAAAAUGGCAAAUACAACGCCUAACGAUUUAAAUCUAACUUGGGAUAAUCUACUUCUCGGACAAGGUACUUUGAGACCGGAUCUAAUUGAGUCCGCUUUCCAUAUGGCUUCUUCGCGCACUGUUGCCAUAAAGACUCGUCAUAACGAUUCCGAAAUGGUUCGUCAAUUGCGCAUUCACGGCCGUGUAGUAGAACCUAUUAAAGACUUCCUUAAAGAUGAAGUAAGAGCCUUAGGUCGUGAGCUGGGUUUGCCCGCACAAUUACUGGAACGUUACCCGUUUCCUGGUCCCGGCUUGUCAAUUUGAAUCAUUUACGCCGAAGAGUCGUUCUUGGAAGCUAAUUUCGAUGAGACACAAGUGCUGAUUCGUUCGAUGGUCCAUUAUGCCAACAUAGCAGCCAAGGAAAAUGCCUUGCUCAAUCGGAUUGAAAUCGUGACGUCGGAAGAAGAACGUCUUCUUCUGGGAGAACUGUCUAGUCGCAACCAGUAUGUUGCCACGCUACUGCCUAUUCGCACUGUCGGUGUUCAGGUAGAUGAUAGGUGCCACCGUAUCUACGCCAAGGUUUUUUUUUUCUCUUGUCUAGAUCUUUUAAUGGCCAGUGGGUCGUUGUGAUCAUGGCCAAUGGCUUGAGCCGGAUACCAACGACUAUGGCACCUGUCGCCCUUCGCCUUGCCCAGUAAGCAAAUGCAACGGUUGCCAAAUCUACUGGAAGUCAACACUAAAUUCUGAAGGUGGCUGUUAUAAAUCGUUCACACGUGGGCCUUGCAGGCGAAGUAGCUAUUUCCUCGUUGAAGAAUAUGGCACUCCAAGAGGUCGAUGUGUUUCUCAAUUUGGAUCAUCCUAUGUCCUUCCGUCACGCUAUCCCAGGAUGAGAAACCCUUACGACAUGAUGUACUCCAACAACGCGAUGAGCCCGUGAUCGAAAUUUGGCAUGUAUCCGCCGUUUGGCAUGCAGGAAGAUUAACUGAGACGACUAUCCUGACAUUCCCAGUUUCGAUUACUGAACUAGAAACAGUUUUACAGAACCAUUCACAUGGUUUUGUCUCUAUUAUUUCAUUUUAGAAAUGCGAUUGCAAAUUUUCUAUUGUGACGUAUGGCGGAUAAAAAACAACCUUGAUUAGUUUUAA